AUGUUGCAUUCUUAUCAAGAAGCUGGCCAUAGGCGCCAAAUCGAGUCUAUGUUGCAUUCUUAUCAAGAAGCUGGCCAUAGGCGCCAAAUCGAUUCUAUGUUGCAUUCUUAUCAAGAAGCUGGCCAUAGGCGCCAAAUCGAUUCUAUGUUGCAUUCUUAUCAAGAAGCUGGCCAUUGGCCCCAAAUCGAGUCUAUGAUGCAUUCUUAUCAAGAAGCUGGGCCAAAUCGAUUCUAUGUUGCAUUCUUAUCAAAUCAAAUCGAUUCUAUGAUGCAUUCUUAUCAAGAAGCUGGCCAUAGGCGCCAAAUCGAUUCUAUGUUGCAUUCUUAUCAAGAAGCUGGCCAUUGGCCCCAAAUCGAGUCUAUGUUGCAUUCUUAUCAAGAAGCUGGCCAUAGGCGCCAAAUCGAUUCUAUGUUGCAUUCUUAUCAAGAAGCUGGCCAUUGGCGCCAAAUCGAUUCUAUGUUGCAUUCUUAUCAAGAAGCUGGCCAUAGGCGCCAAAUCGAUUCUAUGUUGCAUUCUUAUCAAGAAGCUGGCCAUAGGCGCCAAAUCGAUUCUAUGUUGCAUUCUUAUCAGAAGCUGGCCAUAGGCGCCAAAUCGAGUCUAUGUUGCAUUCUUAUCAAGAAGCUGGCCAUAGGCGCCAAAUUCAAAUCGAUUCUAUGUUGCAUUCUUAUCAAGAAGCUGGCCAUAGGCGCCAAAUCGAUUCUAUGUUGCAUUCUGAUCAAGAGAAGCUAG